CUCCUGCUCAACCUCAGCCUGGGCGAUCUGCUGGGGUCCCUAUUCGGAGUCACUUUCACCUUCGCGUCGUGCCUCCGGAGCGGCUGGGUGUGGGACGCCGUGGGCUGCGCGUGGGACGGGUUUAGCGGCAGCCUCUUCGAGAAGUGUUCCUGUCACAAAUGCCUGUGUGGUGUAUUGUAACAUUUACUGCUAAGGUGAAAAGCAGGAAUGAAAAGGACACAUCCAUUCUGGUGUUCUCAGAUGUCAUACAGGCACUGUGUCAUGUUUUCCAUGCUACUGACUUAUUGUCUUAAAAUGUUUAAAAUUGAUAACAGUUCAGCAGUUUAGGACUUGCAAACUCCAUGUUUCUGGAAUGAACUGGAACUUUACAAAGAGAGAUUUUAUUACAGCCUAAUCACCUCAGAGGAGCCCUCACAGUUCUUCAUUAGCUGUCACCCUACACUUCAGCUCCUAGGAUGGCAGACAGGCUUCCCACAGAGUUUGAUGUGAUUAUAGUAGGAACAGGUCUGCCUGAGUCCAUCCUUGCAGCUGCAUGUUCAAGAAGUGGGCAGAGUGUUCUGCAUGUUGACUCAAGAAGUUACUAUGGAGGGAACUGGGCUAGUUUCAGCUUUUCAGGUUUGCUUUCCUGGUUGAAGGAAUGCCAGGAGAACAACGGCAGUGAGGAAGAAGGGACUGCUGCCUGGCAAGACUCCAUCCAUGAAACGGAAGAAGCCAUUGCUCUCUCCCAGAAGGAUGAAACUAUUCAGCACAAAGAAGUCUUUUGUUAUGCUAGUCAGGAUGUGGGAGACAGCAUUCAAGAGACUGAUGCUCUACAGAAAAGUCUUUCCCCAGAGGCAUUUGGUACCCUCCCUGAGCCUCUGGAUUCUGUAUGCUUGCCCAAAGAAAUGCCUUCCACAAAAACAGAGAUAAGUGAAACAGAGCUCUCAGUGGCUGUACCUGAUGUAGAGGACUCACCAGAGAAGGAACAGCACUGUGGAGAGGAAGCCUGUAUCCACACAGUUUCAGAUGGACACAGAGAUGAAAACAGACUUGCUGUAGAGGACCACCCUGGUCAGCCAAAGAGAAGUAGGAUCACUUACCCUCAGAUGGUUAAGGAAAGCAGGAAGUUUAAUAUUGAUUUGGUAUCAAAGCUGCUGUAUUCUCAAGGAUCUCUGAUUGACCUUUUAAUCAAAUCAAAUGUUAGUUGUUACGCAGAAUUUAAGAAUGUCACUAGGAUUCUUACAUUUCGGGAAGGGAAGGUAGAACAGGUGCCUUGCUCCAGAGUAGAUGUCUUUAAUAGUAAAGAGCUCACCAUGGUUGAAAAGAGGAUGCUAAUGAAAUUCCUUACGUUCUGUUUAGACUAUGAACAGCAUCCUGAUGAAUACCAAGAUUUCAACCAGUGCUCAUUUUCUGAGUACUUAAAAACUAAAAAACUAACCCCCAACCUCCAGCAUUUUAUACUCCACUCAAUUGCAAUGACAUCAGAAUCACCUUGCACUACAUUAGAUGGGCUUAAAGCAACAAAAAACUUCCUUCAGUGUCUUGGACGAUAUGGCAACACUCCCUUUUUAUUUCCUUUGUAUGGCCAAAGGGAAAUUCCCCAGUGUUUCUGCAGGAUGUGUGCAGUUUUUGGUGGAAUCUAUUGUCUUCACCACAAAAUACAAUGCUUUGUAGUUGACAAAGACUCCGGAAGCUGUAGAGCAGUCAUAGACCACUUGGGCCAGAGGAUAAAUGCUAGCUCUUUUAUUGUGGAGGAUAGCUACCUUUCGAAGGACACAUGCUCCAACAUGCAGUAUAAGCAGAUCUCAAGGGCCGUGCUCAUCACAGACCAGUCCAUGCUGGAGACAGAUUCAGAUCAGCAGAUUUCCAUCUUGAGAGUGCCUCCACUGGAGCCAGGAACCUGCUCUGUUCGGGUCACUGAAUUAUGUUCUUCAACCAUGACGUGCAUGAAAGACACCUAUCUGGUCCAUUUGACCUGCUCCUCCUCAAAAACAGCAAGAGAAGACUUAGAGCCAGUGGUGAAGAAACUCUUCACUCCUUUCUCAGAAACAGAAGCGGAGAAGGAAGAACUCAGAAAACCAAGACUCUUGUGGGCUCUUUAUUUUAACAUGAGAGAUUCCUCAGGUGUGAGCCAAAGCUCAUACUGUGGCUUACCUUCCAAUGUGUACGUCUGCUCUGGGCCUGACUGUGCACUGGGGAAUGAGCCUGCAGUCAAACAAGCAGAAAGGCUGUUCCAGGAGCUCUUUCCCAAUGAGGAAUUCUGCCCACCUCCUCCAAAUCCAGAAGACAUUAUCUUUGAUGGUGAGGAUAAGCAGUCAGACACUUCAGCAACCGAUGACACACUUACGGCCAAGCUAGAAUCCCCUGGGGAAAGGAAGAGCCUAGAAGAGCCAGAACACCUUCAAAAUUAAAAGAGAACCAGCUGGAAAUGCUUUCCAUCCUGGCAUCAAAAUUGUCUCAUUUGAAAGAUAGCUACCAUGUGAAUAAGUAGAAAUCGCUAUGUAUAAAUGCUAUUCAGAUCUUGUCUUUAACUCCGAGACAUUGAGCAUCGGGUAUCUUUGUUAACCUAUCAGCAACUGAUUUCUUGUUUAUUCAGUGUUUUAUUUCAGAAAUGGCUCUGGGAUCCAGAAUCUUAAGACACUGUUAGCUUACUUACUUUUGGGUGUAUCUGUGAGCAUUCAGUGUUAGCAAGUUUAUUUGAAGGAAAAUGAUACUAUUCUUGCUACUCUGUCCAGAUUUUAUCAUUGUGUACAAGAAAAUUAAUGUCUAAGGAAUAAUUUGGUUAUUUUUGCAGCGAUUAUUGUUGCUACCACUUCUGUUGGGUGGUGACACACACCCAACAGUAGAUUAUGUGGUUUUUGUAUAUAAUAUAAACAUGUAGAGUUGGUGGUAGGACUAGCAACUAGUACAAGUGCCAUUAGAACAACACAAUUGUCUAAUUGCAAAAAGAUUAGCUAUGCAUGUACUGUCUUGGUGUUUACAUUUUGCAGGUCAUUUCAUCUGCUUAACUUUUGUAACCAAUGGAGCGAUUAGAACAUCAUAGCCUUCUACUUUGCAGAAAGAGUGGGAGUUAGUAUUUGAGCUCAUUUUAAAGAAACACAUCGCUGUCUGGGUGUGGUGGCUCACUCUCAUAAUCUUAUUCAGGAAGCUGAGGCAGGGGAAUUGCUGCAAACUCCAGGCCAGUCUGGGUGACAGUGUGAAACAUCAUUUCAAAACAGCAGCUACCACCAAAAAUAAAAAUAGAAGUACAUUGUAAAAAAAAAAAAAAAAAACAC